GCAUCUCUCGCAAGAGAUGCAUCUCCCGCGAGAGAUGCAUCUCCCACCCGGCGUACCGAUGCCGGAUCAGGGAAUGUUCCUGUGGGGUGGUCUUGCGUGCAUCCCAACUUUUUUGUGGGAUUUCUCCGGCGUUCUUGUGAACUUACGUGUUUCUCCGGUGUUUUUGUGGAAUGGCUUUGCAUUCUUUUCUGGCGUUCUUAUAAGUGGUUAUGCAUUUUUUCUUCAUACGGGGCUUGUCUUGUCUUCAUUGGAUCUGGGAAUUGUGCGGACGUAGCUCUUGAUUUUGUCGGGCUGGAAUCAGCGCUCUUGGUUCUUUGUGAUAUGGAAUCGGCACCAAGUUUUGGUGAAGUCGCCGCUGUUGAUGUUAUCGUCGGUGUGACGAUAUUCGUUGGUUUUUGGGAUUUGUCGAUGUUCGUUGCAUACUUUGUGACGUGA